AUGUAUCUCAAAAUACUGCUCCAACAAGUUUGGCGAUCGAAGAUUGAUUGGGAUGAGGAAAUACCACCCAAUCUGCAGGAUAUGUGGCAAUCAUGGCUGUCCUUCUUACCCUUGAUAGAGAACAUGCAAAUUCCAAGAUGCUAUUUUAAAAAUUGGCAUGCGCACGACUGCCGAGUUCAAAUUCACGUAUUCGUGGAUGCGGGAGAAGACGCCUACUCUGCCGUUGCGUAUUUCCGUAUCGAACAAAAUAACCAAAUACUUUUGAGUCUCGUUUCAGCCAAAUCCAAGGUAGCUCCGUUGCAGCCGCUCUCGAUACCCCGCUUGGAGCUACAGGCAGCAGUAACUGGAGCGCGACUGAUGAAAAACAUAAUAGCACAACAUGAAAUCGACUUUGAGGAAUGUUACUUAUGGACCGACUCGAAAACGGUACUAGCGUGGCUCGAUGGAGACCCACGACGAUAUCAACAAUAUGUAAUGUUUAGGAUAGCCGAGAUAUGUGAGCUCACCGAGGCCAGAAACUGGAGAUGGGUACCAAGCAAACUAAAUGUUGCGGACAUCGCCACCAAACGACAACAUAGGCCUGAAACAUACACACAAUGGUUCGAAGGACCCAAAUUUUUAAAACUACCGCCGGCAGAUUGGCCGACGGAAACUACCAAUGAAAGGACAGUCACUGAGGAACUGCGUCCUCGUUUCAUUCACAUGCGAAGGGAACCAGCAAGAAUCAAUUACGAGUACUUUUUUAAAAUGGAAUCGAUUGACCAGGGCAAUAGCAUGUUGGCUUGCCUAUAA